AGCCAGAGAAGCGGGCGGGGAGCAAAGGUUGGCGUCCUGGCGCUCGGACCUUCGCCAGAGGGUCCGCGGCAUCCUGACGGUGGGAGCCGGGCUCCGAUCCAAGGCGGAGAGCAGCCUCCUGCGCCGCGGGCCCCGAGGGCGAGGGCGGACCGAGGGGGACGACGAGGAGGCGGCCGCCAUCCUGGGCCACCUGGAGUCGGGAGACGAGGCGGCGGCGGCGGCGAGGGAGAGCGGGGCGAGCGCGGCGGGCGCGCGGAGGGUGCGCCUCGCCCCCCUGCCCGAGCGCUCCGAGCCGCCGGAGGAGCCGGCGCCGGGCGAGCAGCCCAGGAGGAGGUACCGGCGGCAGCUGCAGAAGUGCGGCACGAACGUCGGGAGGGUCCUGACGAAAGGAGGCCGCGACGCGGUCAUCGGGCCGCAAGGCUUCGCUGCAGCCUACUCCGCCCCGUCUGGGGCAGCCGCCAGUGUGGAUCCUCCGUGCGCUGACGGGAUUCCCUGCGGUGGGAACCGUGUGAAUCGGGAGCAUCUCAGACUUGAGCGCACACAGCAUACCUGGAAGAGAAAACACGCCUUUCUUUGCUCCAUCACAUGA